CGCAGAUGAAGAUGGCGUCACGGGGGUUCCAGCUUCUGCUGCUCCCGCUGCUGCUGCUCGGGCCCGCGCCGGCGGCCGGCCACGGCGGCAAGUACUCGCGGGAGAAGAACGAACCCGCGCCGCCCGCGAAGCGCGAGCCGGAGGCGUUCCGGAUGGAGAAGCUGAACCAGCUGUGGGAGAAGGCCCAGCGGCUCCACCUUUCCCCCGUGAAGCUGGCCGAGCUCCACGCUGACCUGAAGAUUCAGGAGCGGGACGAGCUCAGCUGGAAGAAGCUGAAGAUCGAAGGGCUGGACGAAGAUGGGGAGAAGGAGGCCAGACUCAUCCGCAAUCUCCACGUCAUCUUGGCCAAGUACAGGCUGGACGGGAGGAAGGACGCCCAGGUGGUCAACACCAACUACCUCCAGGACGGUACCGAGGAGGAGGGCCUGGAAGACCCGCGGCUGGAGAAGCUGUGGCACAAGGCGAAGACCUCUGGAAAGUUCUCCAGUGAAGAGUUAGAGAAGCUGUGGCGGGAGCUGAAACAUCACACAGAGAAAGUGCGCGAGUACAGCGUCCUGCUGGAGACCCUGAGCAGAACCGAAGUUGUGCACACACGACACACACUCCCGGAUACGCGGUAAACACGGUGCUUGUGCACACACAACACACACUCCCACAUACGUGGUAAACACGGUGCUGGCUGGGCGGGGUGUGUGGCUCCGCGCUGUCGCUGGGGUCACAGAGCCUGCCUUGCUGUCCCAGCAGAGUUUGAAGAGCCCCGAGUGAUUGACCUGUGGGACAUGGCCAAGUCUGCCAACUUCACCCAGAAGGAGCUGGAGUCGUUCCGGGAGGAGCUGAAGCACUUCGAGGCCAAGAUCGAGAAGCACAGCCACUACCAGAAGCAGCUGGAGCUCUCCCACCAGAAGCUGCGGCACGUGGAGAGCCUGGGCGACAGGGAGCAUCUGAGCCGCAGCCGCGAGAAGUACGCGCUGCUGGAGGAGAAGGCCAAGGAGCUGGGCUACAAGGUGAAGAAGCACCUGCAGGACCUGGCCGGCAGGGUCUCGAGAGGCCGUCACAAUGAGCUCUGAGCCACAGCGGGAGGUGGCGUGCUGAGGACGGUCGAGGCGUCGGGAGCUGGGGACCUGCCUCUGGGGCUGGCCGUGGGGAAGGCUGUCCCAAGUGACUUUGGAGCUGCCACUGAGUGAAUGGACAGGGGAGGGUCUUGAUGACCGAGGAGGAUCUCUGCUGUCGGCCGUCUCCGUGGUCCCGGCUCUGGUUGACAGACUUUUUUACUCCCAGACGAGCGUGGCAGUGUCUCUCCAGGGAAAACGGUCCCAAGCUGCUCUGUGCCACAACGGCACAGCUGUGUCAGAUCUUGUAAAUCUGCCGCUGGGCACGUGUGUGUGGCAUCCUAGAAAUACACCACGCUCCUGACACCGUCA